GUGUUUCGACUUCUCAGCUUCCUCCCAUGCAGCUGCCCUUUUCGCAUACUCGACCUGCUCGGCCUCAUCAUCGUCAUCACCCACAUUUUCAUUUCCAGAAAUACCCUUCUCAUCCUUGCUGGCCCACGCUGCAAUGUUCAUCUUGCCCAGCUGGACACCGAGCGCCACAAUCUCCCUUCUCGUCCUCAGCUUCAUUUCCUGCUCGGACAAUUCCUUUCUUCCGCUGGGCUCGGCUGUUUUAUCCUGAGGGGUCUGAUUGCAAAUAUCGUGUUCUGUAGGGGUGGGGGCCGGCGCCCCCCGGCGUGGAGUCGAAGGAAUGGAAGAAGUCGGGCUGCGAAGAGGGGUCGUGGAGCUGACUGGGGUGGGGCUUCUAGAAGGUUCCUGGCUCGGGAUAGGGGUCAUUUCUGUUCCCAUGUCUCGCAUGGACACCGAUCUUAUGGCGGGACCUGCUGUAUUCACACUCUUGGUGCUCGGCAAACCCGAAUCAACAUCAUCCACCUCCAUCAAAUCCUUACUCUCCGGACACAAAUCCACAGUCGGGCCCAAACCGAACUUAGACGGGCCCGUUUGCAAAGCGGGCUGAACAAAGUCGACCCGUUUAACCAAAGCCUUGCUCUCCAGGCCCGCCAGCUCAGGCGCCACACGAACCAUGCUCCCGCCCGAAGUCCUAUUCCCCUGAUUUUGCGAAUUCGACCUCUU